CCCAUUACUUUUCCAAGAUCAGAACUAUAUUACACUAACAGGAACCACUCCUCAUUCAGAUAAGAAUUCAAGGUUUUCAUCUACAGUUUUUAUCUACAGUAAUUAGCUGCAUCAUAAUAAGACAGAUAGCUCAGCUGCAUCUAUUUAAGUGCUUUUAAUCUUCCUCUCCCCUCCCUCUCUCCCUCUCUCUCCCCCUCUCUCUCCCUUUCCUUCUCCCUCCCUCUCUCUUACUUAUUUAUUUUCUGGGUAGUAUUUUCUGGGUAGCUUUGACAUUGUAAACCACAGACGAACUGGAGCCUGGCAUUGAAAAGAGGUGUUCUGCAACUUUUUUUUUUCCCCCUUGUCUAAAGAAGUUGACUUCUACAACAGGGAAUCUGAAAAAUGACAGGGGCGAAGAGGAAAAAGAAAAGCAUGUUCUGGAGCAAGAUGCAUCCCCCCCAUUAUGAGGACAUUAAACAGUGGUGCAGAAGGCGGCUACCUAUUUUGGAAUGGGCACCUCAUUACAAUCUGAAAGAAAACCUGCUUCCAGACACUGUGUCUGGGAUAAUGUUGGCAGUUCAACAGGUGACACAAGGGUUGGCCUUUGCUAUUCUCUCAUCUGUGCACCCAGUGUUUGGUUUAUAUGGAUCUCUGUUUCCUGCCAUCAUCUAUGCCAUAUUUGGAAUGGGACGACAUGUUGCCACAGGCACCUUUGCCUUGACAUCCUUAAUAUCAGCCAAUGCUGUGGAACGGCUAGUCCCUCAAAGCAGCCGGAACCUCACCAUGCAGAGCAACUCCAGUGUACUGGGCUUAUCUGACUUUGAGGUACAAAGGAUUGGAGUUGCUGCAGCUGUUUCCUUCCUGGGAGGUGUGAUUCAGGUGGCCAUGUUUGUGUUACAGCUGGGCAGUGCCACAUUCCUGCUUACGGAGCCUGUGAUCAGUGCAAUGACAACUGGGGCUGCCACCCAUGUUGUGACUUCGCAAGUCAAGUAUCUUUUGGGAAUAAAAAUGCCAUAUAUAUCUGGACCACUUGGCUUCUUUUAUAUUUAUGCGUACGUCUUUGAAAACAUCAAGUCUGUCCGACUGGAAGCACUGCUCUUGUCUUUGCUGAGCAUCGUGGUCCUUGUUCUUGUUAAGGAGCUGAAUGAACAAUUUAAAAGGAAAAUUAAAGUUGUUCUUCCUGUCGAUUUAGUUUUGAUUAUUGCUGCAUCUUUUGCUUGUUAUUGUACCAAUAUGGAAAACACAUAUGGAUUAGAAGUAGUUGGUCAUAUCCCAAAAGGAAUUCCUCCACCUAGAGCUCCCCCAAUGAACAUCCUCUCUGCAGUAAUCACUGAAGCUUUCGGAGUGGCACUCGUAGGCUACGUGGCCUCACUGGCCCUGGCUCAAGGAUCUGCCAAAAAAUUCAAAUAUUCAGUCGAUGACAAUCAGGAAGUUUUGGCUCAUGGCCUCAGCAAUGUGAUUCCUUCAUUUUUCUUCUGCAUACCAAGUGCUGCAGCCAUGGGGAGAACGGCUGGCCUAUAUAGCACAGGGGCAAAGACACAGGUGGCCUGUCUAAUAUCUUGCAUUUUCGUCCUUAUAGUCAUCUAUGCAAUUGGACCUUUGCUGUACUGGCUGCCCAUGUGUGUUCUUGCAAGUAUUAUUGUCGUGGGGCUGAAGGGAAUGCUAAUACAGUUCCGGGAUUUAAAAAAAUAUUGGAAUGUGGAUAAGAUCGAUUGGGGCAUAUGGGUCAGUACAUAUAUCUUUACAAUAUGCUUUGCUGCCAAUGUGGGACUACUGUUUGGUGUCGUCUGUACCAUAGCUAUAGUGAUAGGACGCUUCCCAAGAGCAAAGACUUUAAGUAUAAAAAACAUGAAAGAAAUGGAAUUUAAAGUGAAGACAGAAACAGAUGAUGAAAGCCUGCAGCAGGUGAAAAUUAUCUCAAUAAACAAUCCACUUGUUUUUCURAAUGUGAAGAAAUUUCAUAUGGAUCUAAUAAACAUAAUGCAAAAGGAAAAUGCCAACAACCAGCCACUUGAUGAUAUCAGUAAGUGUGAACAAAACACACUGCUGAAUUCUCUAUCCAAUGGCAACUGCAAUGAGGAAACCACACAGUCAAGCUCUCACGACAAGUCGGCCUUAAUCCUGGAUUGCAGUGGCUUGACCUUUUUUGACUAUUCUGGCGUCUCCAUGCUGGUUGAGGUGUACAUGGACUGUAAGGACCAGAGUGUGGAUGUAUUAUUAGCCAAUUGCACAGCUUCCUUGAUAAAAGCAAUGAAGUACUAUGGAAACCUAGACUCAGAGAAACCAAUUUUUUUUGAAUCAGUAUCUGCUGCAAUAAGUAACAUUUAUUCAAACAAGAACUUCAACAAACUCGGUGACCACAGUGAGGUCUGAGCCUCAUUUGUUGCAGUAUGGAUCUUGACUCUAGGAACUUCUCUGAAAAAGCCAUGUACUGGCAUUUUGCACAUUUUUWAAAAAAUUUAUUGUAUCUAUCCUGCAUGUGACCUCCACUCCAAUAAGUUGAUGUGAAUUUGUAACUGCAUAACAUUGGUCAAGAUUUGCCAAAAGUUUUUUUUUUUCCUAAUCUUUGUUAGUAAGAAAAUUCACUUAGUUAUUUUAUUAAAAAMUCACUAUGCAUUUAGCUUUAGUGUAUGAAGAGUAAACAUGAUUUUAUUUCAUUUUAUUACAGCAUUUUGUUUUGUUUUACUUCUAUUUUGCUGUAAGCUUAUCUUUAAAACUGAGAAAUUUGGAAUCCUUAGAAUUCAUUUGUAAAAGUUCAGAUCAUCUGUAACUAAUACACAAAACAACUUGGCAAAUAUGCCAUUUUCCUGUACCUUGUAUCCCCCAAAGCCAUUUAAACACCAAUAGGAAUAAAUCUUACUCUGUACAAUAGGAUAUGAAAUUCACAGAAAUAAAGGAAUCAGAAACAGAUGACCAAAAAAUGACAAAUUGAAGUCAUUGAUCUCUAUAUCCUUCAAUGCACUCACUCCUGAAGUAUUCAAGAAUGUUUUCAUAUUUGGAAGAAAACUGGUAUCCAAAUAAAAUCAAGUUAUUGACAUUGGUCUG